CGUGAGUUCAAGUCGUGAGGGUGAAUCUUCCUUCGCGUGCGAUGCCCGAGGUAUGGCGCCAACUCUUGAUUUGCCUCGUGCCCAUUCACGUGAUUCUUGAUUUCCGGAAGGCUUGCAAUCCGACACUUGUACGAGUGCACAGACUAUCGCGCAGGCUGUCAUAAGCACUCAUCACUUCUCACCCUCAAGCACUCACGAGCAGUAGUCGAGAUCGUCCGUUCUUUCGAGCCUCUACACACCAACGACCCACUCUUUGACAAGUAGUCUCUGGAGACUGCAACGCAAUAUACACACCCUUGCAUCCUCUUCGACCGCGUCAUGGCUGCCCACCUCGUUUCCGGUGCAGCUCCAAAAGGCAUCAACGUCGCCAUCAUCGGCGUCGGCCUGGUGGGCUCAGCUGUGAUCUCUCAGCUGGCCGCUUUGCCGAUCUUGAACAUCAUCUCUCUGCAAAACAGCAGGAAGAUCCUUCUCUCGCCGAGCUCAGCAGCCCUCAAGGACUGGAAGUCCUCCUUGGAUGGCUCCACAGACUCUGUGCCAGCUCUUCCGGAGCUGGUCGCCACCUUGCAAAAGCUUACCCGAGAGACUGGCAGACACACUGCGGUGGUCGACAACACGUCCAACGACUCGGUCGCCAGCUUCUACCCAGAGUUCCUCAAAGCCGGCUUCAGCGUCGUGACUCCCAAUAAGAAGGGCGUGUCCGGUUCUUUGGAGCUGUACUCUCAGAUCCUCAAGCUUACCAACCCGGCCCAAGCAGGCGCACCGCUAUUCUACGGCGAGUCGACUGUCGGCGCAGGUCUGCCCAUCCUUGGCACUCUCAAGGACCUGGUCAGCACUGGAGAUGAGGUGACCAAAAUCGAAGGAGUCUUGUCCGGCACUCUGAGCUACAUAUUCAAUGAGUUCUCCACGCCAGCAGGCGCUACAGUCAAAUUCUCCGAGGUGGUCAAGGUGGCGAAGGACAAUGGAUACACUGAACCGCAUCCCGACGCUGAUCUGUCGGGCUCGGACGUGUCGAGGAAGCUCACCAUUCUGUCUCGCCUCAUCCCUUCGCUCGUCAACCUGCUUCCGCAAGGCUUCGAAUCGGUGCCUACUUCGUCGUUGACGCCGGAAGGGCUCAAGGGAGAGCAGGACGGAGAAGUGUACACGCAAAGGUUGAAAGAGUUUGAUGGAGAAUUUGACGCGCUGAGAUCGAAAGCUGCCAGCGAAGGAAAGGUACUGAGAUACGUAGGAACCAUCGAUGUUGCCAAGAAGGAGAUCAAGGCGAGCUUGGAAAGCUACCCAGCCACGCACCCGUUUGCCACCUCUCUGUCUGGCAGCGACAACAUCAUCGCCUUCCACACCAAGCGAUACUCGGCUAGGCCUCUGCUUGUGCAGGGAGCAGGCGCCGGUGCAGAUGUCACCGCUAGCGGCGUUACUGCAGAUCUUCUCAGAGUGGCGGAAAGGAGAGGAUAAGCGCCGCUCCCUGAGGUUGCGCAUCGCGGAAAUGCAAAUGGAGCUGAGAAGAACAUGUCGAUGGUUUGUGUGUGAUGUCUCGCAAUCGUUGGCAGCCGUUCGAUAGGUGUCUGGGUGAUGAGAUUGAUGUGCGGAAGGGAGGGACGGACAGCCAUCUGGGCUGCCCCUUUCGUCACCCGCCGACGUCAACCGUGG